GAAGAGGCGGGGCUGGUUGCAGUGCGGCGUUGUGGUCCGUACUCCUCUCUAGUACUAGCUAUCUGGUCUCGCUUCGCCUUGCCUCUUUCGUCCUUUUCUCCCCCCCCACUGCCACCAUGGUGAAGGAGCAGUUCAGGGAGACGGACGUGGCCAAGAAGAUAAGCCACAUUUGUUUUGGGAUGAAGUCUCCCGAGGAGAUGCGCCAGCAGGCCCACAUCCAGGUGGUUAGCAAGAACUUGUACAGCCAGGACAACCACCACGCCCCACUACAGUAUGGCGUUCUGGACCACCGCAUGGGUACCAGUGAAAAGGACCGUCCAUGUGAAACAUGUGGGAAGAAUCUUGCUGACUGUUUGGGGCAUUAUGGCUACAUUGACUUGGAACUGCCAUGUUUCCAUGUUGGCUACUUUAAAGCUGUGAUAGGUAUCUUACAGAUGAUUUGCAAAACCUGUUGCCGCAUUAUGCUGACCUCAGAGGAAAAAAAACAGUUUUUGGAUUAUUUGAAGAGACCUGGCUUGACAUACCUCCAGAAACGAGGACUGAAAAAGAAAGUCUCUGAAAAGUGCAGGAAGAAAAGUAUCUGUCCUUACUGUGGGGCUUUUAAUGGUACUGUGAAGAAAUGUGGUUUAUUGAAGAUAAUCCAUGAGAAGUACAAGACCAAUAAGAAAGUGGUGGAUCCAGUUGUAUCCAAUUUCCUUCAGUCUUUUGAAGCUGCUAUAGAAAAUAACAAAGAAAUAGAGUCCUUGCUGGGGAGAGCUCAGGAGAACUUGAACCCUUUAAUAGUGCUGAACCGCUUUAAAAGGAUACCGGCAGAAGAUAUUCCUCUGCUUCUGAUGAACCCAGAGACAGGAAAGCCUUCAGAUUUGAUUCUGACACGACUCUUGGUGCCUCCCUUAUGUAUUCGACCAUCUGUAGUGAGUGACUUGAAGUCUGGCACCAAUGAAGAUGACUUGACAAUGAAACUGACAGAAAUUAUUUUCCUUAAUGAUGUAAUAAAAAAGCAUAGGAUAUCAGGAGCCAAAACACAGAUGAUAAUGGAAGACUGGGACUUCCUGCAGCUGCAGUGUGCUCUCUACAUUAACAGCGAGCUCUCUGGAAUUCCCCUUAACAUGGCACCUAAGAAAUGGACCAGAGGAUUUGUUCAGAGGCUGAAGGGGAAGCAGGGUCGGUUUAGAGGCAACCUGUCUGGAAAGCGAGUUGACUUCUCAGGCAGAACAGUUAUCUCCCCUGAUCCUAACUUAAGAAUAGACGAGGUGGCAGUACCUGUUCAUGUUGCCAAAAUAUUAACAUUUCCUGAAAAAGUGAACAAAGCAAACAUAGAUUUCUUGAGGAAACUUGUUCGCAAUGGUCCUGAGGUUCACCCUGGAGCCAACUUCAUUCAGCAAAGGCACACACAGAUGAAAAGGUUUUUGAAAUAUGGCAACCGAGAGAAGAUGGCUCAGGAGCUGAAAUUUGGGGACAUUGUGGAACGACAUCUUAUAGAUGGGGAUAUAGUAUUGUUCAACCGACAGCCCUCUCUCCACAAGCUGAGCAUUAUGGCCCACAUAGCUAGAGUAAAACCACACAGGACUUUCAGGUUUAAUGAAUGUGUCUGUACACCAUACAAUGCAGAUUUUGAUGGAGAUGAGAUGAACCUUCAUCUUCCCCAAACAGAAGAGGCCAAAGCAGAAGCACUUGUUCUGAUGGGGACCAAAGCAAACUUAGUAACUCCAAGAAAUGGAGAGCCUCUCAUUGCUGCUAUACAAGAUUUUCUUACAGGUGCCUAUCUGCUUACGCUAAAAGACACCUUUUUUGACAGAGCCAAAGCCUGUCAAAUUAUUGCUUCUAUCCUGGUUGGCAAGGAUGAGAAGAUUAAAGUUCGCCUUCCACCCCCUGCAAUCCUAAAGCCUGUAACCCUCUGGACAGGAAAGCAGGUCUUCAGCCUCAUUCUCAAACCUAGUGAUGACUGUCCUGUAAAAGCCAACCUCCGGACCAAGGGCAAACAGUAUUGUGGCAAAGGGGAAGACUUGUGUACUAAUGAUUCUUAUGUUACAAUCCACAAUAGUGAGCUGAUGAGUGGCAGCAUGGACAAAGGAACUUUAGGAUCUGGAUCCAAGAACAAUAUCUUUUACAUUUUGCUGAGGGACUGGGGUCAGGUAGAAGCUGCAGAUGCUAUGUCACGAUUAGCCAGGCUUGCACCUGUCUAUCUCUCUAAUCGUGGAUUCUCAAUUGGGAUUGGUGAUGUCACCCCAGGCCAGGGACUGCUAAAAGCCAAGUAUGAACUUCUGAAUGCUGGCUAUAAGAAAUGUGAUGAAUACAUUGAAGCUUUAAACACUGGCAAACUGCAGCAGCAGCCUGGCUGUACUGCAGAAGAAACCUUAGAGGCUUUAAUUCUUAAAGAGCUCUCUGUUAUCAGAGACCACGCUGGCAGUGCCUGUCUCAGAGAAUUGGACAAGAGUAACAGUCCCCUUAUCAUGGCUCUCUGUGGUUCUAAAGGUUCCUUUAUUAAUAUAUCCCAGAUGAUUGCCUGUGUAGGGCAGCAGGCUAUCAGUGGGUCACGAGUCCCUGAUGGAUUUGAAAAUCGGUCUCUACCUCACUUUGAGAAGCAUUCCAAGCUUCCAGCAGCAAAAGGUUUUGUUGCCAAUAGUUUCUAUUCUGGGCUGACUCCUACAGAGUUUUUCUUCCACACCAUGGCUGGUCGGGAAGGUCUUGUUGAUACAGCUGUAAAAACAGCCGAAACUGGAUAUAUGCAGAGGCGGCUGGUGAAAUCACUUGAAGAUCUUUGCUCUCAAUAUGACCUGACUGUUAGAAGUUCUACUGGUGACAUUGUUCAAUUCAUUUACGGAGGAGAUGGUUUAGAUCCAGCAGCCAUGGAAGGGAAGGAUGAACCCUUGGAGUUCAAACGGGUUCUGGACAAUAUCAGAGCAGUUUAUCCAUGUCAGAGUGAACCAGCUCUUAGUAAAAAUGAAUUGGUAUUAACUGCCGAGUCCAUCAUGAAAAAGAAUGAAUUCCUCUGCUGCCAAGACAGUUUUUUACAGGAGAUUAAAAAAUUCCUCAAAAGUAUUUCUGAAAAGAUCAAGAAAACCAGGGACAAGUAUGGUAUUAAUGACAAUGGCACAACAGAGCCACGUGUCUUGUACCAAUUGGAUCGAAUUACCCCAACACAACUAGAGAAGUUUCUAGAGACUUGUAGAGACAAAUAUAUGAGGGCACAGAUGGAGCCUGGGUCUGCAGUUGGGGCACUAUGUGCUCAAAGUAUUGGUGAGCCUGGCACACAGAUGACCUUGAAGACUUUCCACUUUGCUGGUGUUGCUUCCAUGAACAUCACUCUGGGUGUACCACGAAUCAAAGAAAUCAUUAAUGCCUCCAAAGCAAUUAGCACACCUAUUAUCACAGCACAGUUGGAUAUAGAUGACGAUUCAGAUUUUGCCCGUCUGGUUAAGGGAAGAAUUGAGAAAACCUUAUUAGGAGAGAUAUCGGAGUACAUCGAAGAAGUGUUUCUUCCAGAUGACUGCUUUAUUCUGGUCAAACUCUCUUUGGAGCGGAUCAGAUUGCUGAGACUAGAGGUGAAUGCAGAGACUGUACGAUACUCUAUUUACAUAUCGAAGCUAAGAGUAAAGCCAGGGGAUGUUGCUGUUCAUGGAGAGGCAGUUGUGUGUGUGACCCCUCGUGAGAACAGCAAGAGUUCAAUGUAUUAUGUCUUGCAGUCCCUGAAAGAAGAGCUGCCAAAGAUUGUAGUGCAGGGUAUCCCAGAGGUGUCUCGAGCUGUCAUUCACAUUGAUGAACAAAGUGGGAAGCAGAAAUACAAACUUCUGGUGGAAGGUGAUAACCUACGAGCUGUCAUGGCCACCCAUGGGGUCAAAGGAACUAAGACGACAUCUAAUAAUACUUAUGAGGUUGAAAAAACACUGGGCAUUGAAGCUGCUCGGACUACUAUUAUCAAUGAGAUUCAGUACACUAUGGUAAACCAUGGUAUGAGCAUUGAUAGGAGGCAUGUUAUGCUGCUCUCGGAUCUGAUGACAUACAAGGGUGAAGUCCUUGGCAUUACUAGGUUUGGCCUGGCAAAGAUGAAGGAAAGCGUGUUAAUGCUGGCAUCUUUUGAAAAGACUGCAGACCAUCUCUUUGAUGCUGCCUACUUUGGACAGAAAGAUUCUGUGUGUGGUGUUUCGGAAUGCAUCAUCAUGGGGAUUCCAAUGAAUAUUGGAACUGGACUUUUCAAACUGCUGCACAAAGCAGACAAAGAAUCAACUCCUCCUACCAGGCCUCUGAUCUUUGAUAGCAAUGAAUUCCAUAUUCCCAUUAUCACAUAGCACCUGGGCACAGCCCAGAAUAGUAAGAAGCUGGGAUAUCUUUUAAGCCAACGUGUAUGAAUCUCAACUCUGUUUCUGAAAUAGGUUUAAGACCUGCAACUUGGUACAUGGAACAUUGCAAGAGUUGUCUGACUUCUUCCUCACCAGUUGCAAUACAGACUUUUUUUUAAAGGAGUUAUUUGCCUAUACUACAGACAAGUAAAUAUUGAUCUGAAAUUAUUUUCAAUUUAACUGCUCUUUGUUCUUAAUAAGCAAGAAUUUUCCAUGCUACAAAAAUAAUACAAGCUGUAUACUACAAAAAAAUAAAAAUAAAAGUAGUAACACACGGGCUGGAAGACCAUAGGAAUUGUUAACCCCUGACACAAAUAACAAGGCAGUGCAGUAGGCAGUUAGUUUCCUGUUUUGUGUGCCAUCACAAAUAAAACAUCCACUUUCUUACACUUUCUCAGCUUCUUGAUACAGGGAGGUGAAGCAUUUCCAAUACAAAAAUACAGGUGCAGUAUCAUUGGUAUAUUUUUAUAGAUGUAAGCUGUUGGACUGCUGCCACUAAAGGAUCAUUGGCAAAAUUAGUUAACUAAUUCCAGAAGGCUACUAAGAAGUAGAAGGCUAUCAAAAGCAGUCUCACCUUCUUCUAUCAUGCUUUUUCAUGAAAGAUCCCUAAAGUUGCUGAGUUUUACAAGACUUCCUAGUUCAUGUGAUAUGGGAAGUGAGGGGAAAGGUAGCAUUAACAACUUGUCUGCUAAAAAAAGGGAGAGUUUGGCUCAAAGAUGCAAAUGUGCCUUUUGUGCUGAACCUGCUUAUUGAGAUUGAUGAAGUACCAAGAUAAAUGGUGACAGAAGUAUGCUGGUUAUUUUUGCCUGAACAUUUUUUUUUUCUUCACUCUCUCAUUUCCUUAAGGUUAUAUCUUUUGUUAUUCAGCUUGAUAGGAGAAGUAAUUCUGCUUCCAGAAUCCUGAUGUUAGGACUAAAGAGAAACUACAUGUAAAACAUCAUUUUUUUUUUAGGGAAGGGAAUGCUGUAUUUGGACGAUAUUUGACUUUGAUUGAACUGAGGGAUAAUAGGACAGCUAUUAAUCAAUAUUUUGGUAAGGACAAGAUAGUUACCACUAUACUUUCUCUUUGGUCCUUUAGGGCUCCUAUACAUACAUGUGCAUGGUGCCUGCUGUGAUGCGCUGUAAUUCCAGUGCAUCAGUACAGACUCAAGUAAUCUAGUCUGCUGGAGCAUGGAAAUUAACAUGCUCAAGCACCCUCCAGCAUCAUGUGCAUCAGCAUCCACAUGCUGAAAAAUGGCAACAGGGUGCUUUAAACUAAACUGAAGCUCAUUCAGCAUGCUUUAGUUCAAAGCUCCCUGGUGCUGUUUUUCAGCACGGGGGUGUUGAUGCAUAUGACGCUCCAGAUGCUUUUAAUUAGCACAGCUCUUCAAGUUGUUCUGAUUAAAGCCCUCCUCCCCCCACCAGCAUCUCCCAGAACAUACAUUUUCAGUCUGAAGAGUAUAUAAAUGCCCUUAGACCAUGAAGGCUUCCCUUAAGCAUCUGUAAUUGGAAAAUCCUGGUAAUGCUACUGACUAGUCAGAAGAAUGAGACUCCAAAAUGUAAUGUUUUAUAUUUUGAAUUUACAUGAUAGACAUUUUGGAAAGUGAAAUAGCUGACUAUCAUGAGGAAAGGGUAUGUACCUAACUAAUGCACUGUCUCUGAGAUAUUAGAUCUGGAUGAAGAUAAAAGUUGAGCACUGAACAUCUGAAAGAUAGACCUGUGGUAUAACAAGCUGCUUUACCUUUUAUGCUCUCUCACUAUUAUCUAGUGUUUUAAGUUGCUGCUCAUUCCAUCUUAGCUAUUUUCUAGGCUCAGAUUUGGUUAAGAUAUUCAAAGCAACCAUUUGUGAAUGUAGGUAAGAUAUAUUUAGAAAUGGCUUUGAAAGGAAGUUGCAAUAGUCAAUAUACGAUUAAUAGGAAUGAUGAAUGAGCUCUAGAAGGUUUGUCAUAAAUCCCUAAGGCAUGCAUCCAUUGUAUUUGCUCAAAUGCAGGGAUAUAUAUUAAUAGAAGCAUAAAGAUAAAUGAACCUUUUGGCAGUUUAUUCCAGAAAACCAACUUAUUUCUGUUCAUGUAUGAUGUUCUUGUAUAUAAUAGAAAAUAGUGUACCAUCAGAAUACUUGAUUCCAGUAAAAUACUGUGCUGGUGUUUUGGUCAUUUCCAUUAGUUCUUCUUAUCCUUAAGUGCUAUUUAUUGCUAUAUUCUCUUAAGGGUUCUGGUACACUGAGGAUUUUUAUGGAAGUUACAGAGUGGAAAGUAGAGCUGGCACUUCUCUUUGAGAGAGAACUGUAUGUGUAAAAAUGUUUUUACAAUUUCUUUUUUGUAGUAUAACAGUUGUUAUACUGCUGAAUUGCUUAACUUGUGUUAGUUUUAUUUCUCCAAAUGGCUGGUAGAUUACUAAAAGUUAUUUGAGGCUUUUACUUUUUUAUGAAUAAAGUAGAAGUAGCAAGCUUCUUUUCAUGAAUUGACAUGAAAGAAAUGAGGUAAGAUGGUAUUAGAACAGUGCCUUAUCUUUAACCUGUUGGAAUUAACAUAACUUUCUUCCCUUCCAACCUAUAGAAGUCCUCUUCAAACUGAAAAUGCAUUAAAACUAUUUUUGUACUAAUGCAGUUUCUGCAAAUUUAGCCUGGUACAUUUAGGGAAUAAGUGUAAAAGCUAUUGUUUUUGUGGUUAGCAAUGUUGCUUGGAUAGCAAGAGGUUUUCAGAUGGCUUUUUAAAACUUGAGAUGCUAUGGAGAACAGGCUAAGAGAGUACUCUGAAAUGUAAUGGCUAUGGAUAAGACUGCAGAGUCAUAAACCCUGAGAAGAAUUUUGGGACUGACGCAGACUGUGUGCGCCUUUAGGGGUGAGUCAGCCUCUGGGAAAGGAUACAUGUGUGCUGUUAUUUCUUGUAUAGCAUCUGAUAGAAAGAUGCAGAGUAGUGUUUAGAGGCCAGCCUUAUUGUCUCCAGAGUACAAGUUGCAGCUGUGGUGACUUUUCUGUUUUUGAUUAAUCAUCCUCCAUCUUCACAAAAAGACCUAUGUGUAAGUCAACAUAGCUACCCUAAAAUAUGAGCAACCUUGGAUGAACUGUUGUGACAAAUGGCUGUCUAGAUUCAGUCUGAUGCCUAGACUCAGUAUGGUAGGAUCUGGUACUAAACACAUUGCAAGUACAUCUUUUUUUUAGAAACUAACAAAAUACAAACCUGCAGAGUAAGUUUGUUCAUCAGUGUUUUUGUGCUGUCUGCUGUAGCCUUUUGCAGACUGGUAGACCUAUAUCAAAGUUGUGUUGUAUUUUUUUUUUUUUUUUUUUAAUAUAUAAAAAUAUGACGCUGGAAGAAAAUUGAGAAGAAACCCUAAUGAAUCCCAUUAUGUAGAUGAUUGUAGCAUGGAAGAUUCUUGUGAUUCUGUUUUGUGUUGUGUUGCGGCAAAUAAAGAUUUUUUUAGGAUGUUUGAGCCUUGUAUUGGAACAAAUGACUGCCUCCAGUUUUAUGUAAAUAUACAUAAUAAAAUUGACUAUUUAAACUA